CAGAAAUACAUGACAUUUGGUCUGUGAUUAUAGAAUAUAAGAUAUAGAAAAUAUUGUAAAAACAAGAUUGUGUCCUAAAACAAUGGUCAAACAGUGACCGAGCUAAGUAUUUACUAUGACAUUUUACUUAUGCAGGUGAUACUGAAAGAUUCCAGUCCGGUGGAGCUGUUACAUCACAGCUGCACAUGUGUUGCUGGAGCAGCAUUAUGCAACCACUGUGUCGCUUUGCUGUUCCAGUCAGCACAUUGCUCUCAGCUGAAUGUGCCAGUGGUCCCUCCUGUGCUAAGCUGUACCGAAGGAGAACAGCAGUGGCACAAGCCCAGAACUUUGGGCAUAAAACCGGGCCCUGUGGAUAAGAUGGCUGUGCUUUCCGCUAAACCAAAGUGUAGAGCAACAACAGAUGGUGAGCACACUCUACAAAGGCCUCAGUGGGGAAUUGCCCGAUCUUUCCGUCCUUCGGGUGAAAGAGGUGUAUAAAGAUUUCUCUGCAGUGGAGGCACCGAUGAUCUGCAGCAUGGGCAUCAGCUGUGAAAUUCCCCUGGUUGACUCUGCCCUUGGCAAGGUUCAAGCCGGAAGUCCAUUGUCCUACCAACAACCAGCAACAGCAAAGAGAGACCUGUCCUUCCAUGCUGCCCCACCACGUCCAUCUGUGCCUCUUCAGAAUUACCGCCUACAGCCAUCAAGUUGCAUGUUUGUCUGUGCUGAACCACAACAGCUACACCAUAGGAGUCUGGAGGUCACCUGGGACAUGGUGCACAAAUUUGAAUGUGCUACCAGAGCACAAAGUUCAUGUACUGAAUGGCAUCAGCUAAGGAGGAAUAGACUGACUGCCUCACGUUUCAGGGAGAUCUGCCAGGUUCGAGAGAACGCUGAAGAAAGUUUGGCUAACCGGAUAUUGCAAGGGACCCGUCAGACAGCAGCUAUGAAGAGGGGGCUCGAAUUAGAGGCAGAUGCUAUCUGGGAAUAUUGCCAAAUGAAAAGGGUCAACCACUACCCCUGUGGAUUCGUAAUUCACCCUGAUGCUCCUUGGCUGGGGGCAUCACCAGACGGGUUAAUCUUUGACCCUUCAGAGCCAUGUCAGUUUGGGCUGAUUGAGAUGAAGUGCCCAAAUGUUAAAAGCUAUGUGGACUGCCUGUAUCUCAAAAUGAAUUCAGGCAAAUUGGAGCUAAAACAAACACAUGCUUACUAUUGGCAAGUACAGGGGCAGAUGCUAAUAACAGGAAUGAGUUGGUGUGAUUUUGUCGUCUCAGCUGAGGAAGACAUACUCAUUCAAAGAAUUUACAGAGAUAGCGAUGUUUUGGAUGUAAUCAGAGAGAAAGUGGACAGGUUUUAUUUUUAUGUCUACUUGCAGAAAUGCCUAAUUUAGUUUUAAGUUUAUUUGAAUAGGGACAAGUAUGUUACAUAAGCUCAUGUUACAUACAUAACAUUUUAGCCGAAGCUAAUUCUCAAUGUCAGUCCCUAGUAAUACUUCAGGAGUGAGAUAAAAAUCCAAUAUUCUAUGCUGUGUUUUGUAAUUUUCACUUUUAAUGGCAUGUUUUUAUGAUCAUGUUUUUAUGAAAAAUGUGAGUAAGUUUGUGCAUUUAUUAUAAUAAUCAUAAUAAAAUGUUUUGGGUGCUGUGAGCACCCCAAGAAAAAGACCAGCCAUUUAUUACCAUUGUACUCAAGAGGAGGCAGACUUCUGUAGCACUACAGAUAAGAGGGAAUUUUUGGGGGUGAACUGCCCCUUUUAACAACUGUAAAGAACUGUAACUAUGACAUUCCUAUGAUUGAAUUUGUUGUACCUUCAAGUUGUCAUGAAAAAUAAACAGUCAAGACUUGGCAAUUUA